AUGAUGAUCAAAACAAUUUUAUUAUUGGUCUUGGCCACGGUGGUGUGUGCCGCACCCGAAGCCCGUAUUGUUGGUGGUCGUGAUGUGGAUAUUGCCAAACAUCCCUAUUUGGUAUCGAUACGCUACCGAUCCACACCAAAUGACCCCUAUAUACACAAAUGUGCCGGUGCCAUAUAUUCCAAACGUGCUGUUAUUACUGGCGCCCAAUGUGUGGUGGACAUUAAGGACGGAGAAAAGGUAAUGAUUGUGGCUGGUGCCAAUAACCGCUUGGGUUAUGAUGGUAUGCCUUAUCCUGCCCUGAAAUGGAUACAUCAUGCCAGCUAUUCCGAAUGGACUGUGGAUUAUGAUAUUGCUGUGAUUAUCAUCGAUGAUGUCUUCGAUUUCAAUCAUCCUCUGAUUAAACCAAUUGAAAUACGUGAAUCCCGCCCAGCCAAUGGACGUUUGGUCACAGUUACCGGUUGGGGUUAUGAAGCAGAGAAUGGUCCCUCGACAAAGGGACUUUCUGAAGUCGAAGUACCCGUGGUGGGUAAUGAUCAAUGUGGCAGCUUACAUGGUGCUGGUGAAAUAACGGAACGUAUGAUUUGUGCCGGUUACCUGAGUGGUGGCAAGGAUUCAUGUCAUGGUGAUACCGGUGGCCCAUUGGUCUACAAUAUGGAACUUGUCGGCUUGGUUUCAUGGGGUCGUGGUUGUGCCCGGCCUAAUUUGCCCGGUGUCUACACUUAUGUGGCAAGUUUGAAGAAAUGGGUGGAUGAUACCAUAUCGGCUAAUUUGUAA